AAAAAAAGCUAAAAAGUUUGUUAUCUGAUGGCGUCGUCAUCGCAGCCAUGCCCUCCUCUGGGGUUCUCGGCAAAGUACUACACGUUCUCGAACAGUGGGCAGUGUGUGCGCCAAAGCAGCUUCUUCAACGGCGAGGCAGUGCUCAACCAGGGCGUUGGCUACUCUGUUAUUCUCGGUUUUGGUGCCUUCUUUGCCGUCUUCACCUCUUUCUUGGUGUGGUUGGAGAAGAGGUAUGUUGGAUCACGUCACACUUCAGAGUGGUUUAACACUGCUGGAAGGAAUGUGAAAACUGGAUUGAUUGCAAGUGUUAUUGUAUCACAGUGGACUUGGGCAGCGACAAUCUUGCAAAGUUCCAAUGUAGCAUGGGAGUAUGGAAUCAGUGGACCAUUUUGGUAUGCAAGUGGUGCCACCAUCCAGGUGCUUUUAUUUGGUGUUAUGGCUAUAGAAAUUAAAAGAAAAGCACCUCAGGCACAUACUGUUUGUGAAAUUGUUAAAGCAAGGUGGGGAACUUCUGCGCAUAUAGUGUUCCUUUCAUUUUGUUUCUUAACAAACAUAAUUGUCACGGCGAUGCUUCUUCUCGGUGGUUCUGCAGUUGUUAAUGCACUCACUGGUGUGAACAUUUAUGCCGCAAGUUUCUUAAUACCUCUUGGUGUGAUAGUUUAUACUUUAGCCGGAGGAUUGAAAGCCACAUUCUUGGCAAGCUACAUACAUUCAGUCAUUGUGCAUAUCGUACUCGUAAUUUUCGUUUACCUAGUCUACACAGCAAGUUCUGAACUUGGCAGUCCAAGAGCUGUAUAUACUCACCUUUUGGAGGUUGCUAGUAAAUCAAGGAUAUGCAAAGACCCAAUUUCACAUUUUGGCCAAGCUUGUGGACCUGUAAAUGGUAACUACAAAGGCUCUUAUCUUACCAUGUUGAGUUCUGGAGGUCUUGUGUUUGGGAUAAUCAAUAUAGUAGGAAACUUCGGCACUGUCUUCGUAGACAAUGGUUAUUGGGUAAGUGCCAUAGCAGCACGUCCAUCAUCUACACACAAAGGGUACUUGUUGGGAGGUCUAGUAUGGUUUGCUGUACCAUUCUCCUUAGCAACAUCUUUAGGACUCGGCGCACUUGCUCUUGAUCUGCCAUUAACUACAAGUGAAGCUAGCCAUGGACUUGUUCCUCCUGCUAUGGCUAUUGCAUUGAUGGGAAAAGGAGGAUCUGUUCUUCUUCUCACCAUGCUUUUUAUGGCAGUGACUUCUGCUGGUUCCUCAGAGUUAAUUGCUGUUUCAUCUUUGUGCACAUAUGAUAUAUAUCGAACGUAUAUAAAUCCCAAUGCAACUGGGAAGCAAAUUCUCAAAGUUUCAAGAGGAGUUGUUCUUGGCUUUGGAUGCUUCAUGGGUGUAUUAGCAGUGAUGUUAAACAAAGCAGGGGUUUCUCUGGGUUGGAUGUAUCUUGCAAUGGGAGUUCUAGUUGGUUCAGCUGUUAUGCCCAUUGCUUUCAUGCUUCUUUGGAGGAAGGCGAAUUCUAUCGGUGCUAUACUCGGGACAGUCAUUGGUUGUAUUCUUGGAAUAAUAACUUGGUUAGCAGUGGCAAGCAUCGAAUACGGCCGUGUUAAUCUUGACACCACCGGCCGGAAUGCUCCUAUGCUUGCAGGGAACCUUGUGUCUAUCCUAACUGGUGGUCAAGUUCAUGCAGUAUCCAGUGUUGUUUGGCCUCAAAACUAUGACUGGGAAACCACCAGGAUGAUUAAAAUGGUUGAGAAGGUUAAGUCUGACUUACCAGAUGAUGAGUUUAAAGAUGAGAAGUUAUUGAAAGCCAAAUCCUGGAUUGUGAAGUGGGGUCUAUCAUUUACUGCAGUAAUUGUAAUCUUGUGGCCAUUGCUUUCACUUCCUGCAGGGAAUUUCAGUAUAGGAUACUUCACAUUUUGGGCUGUAAUUGCCAUAGCAUGGGGUACAAUUGCAUCUGCAGUGAUCAUCAUUUUACCAUUGGCAGAAAGCUGGAAAACAAUUCAAAGUGUGUGCAUUGGUAUGUUUACUAAUGAUAGACUCAUGGAGAAGAUUGAUGAGAUGAACUCGAGACUCCGUGCCGUCAUGGCCGUGAUGCCAGAGGCUGAGAGAAUAUACUUACUCGAGAAAGAGAAUGCUAAGAAGCUGGAACCAUAGGUGGAUAAAAGAACCAGUUUUACUGCAAAUGUAGCAGCUGAAACUUAACUUGGUUGCUUUGUUAUACAGGUUGAAUUGGCAGUAGAAAAAUUUGAAAAUAAAUGAAACUACAAAGUUCUGCUUUUGAUGGCAAAUAGAUACGAUUGAAAAUUGUAAUAAAUGUUUAUAAAAUUUUUCAUAGGGCCAAAGAACAUUUGAUCUCGGACCACUGUCUCAUAGACAUUAUGAAAGACUUGAUUUGCAAGAUUUAAAAUACGGUAGAUAUAAGUGGUGUCAAGGGUCUUUGAAAAUAUAU